CACCGCUACCCUACGCCGCGCCAUCUGUACUACUAGUGAUCAACAAAAAGCAAACAGACCCGAGAGAGCUCCAAACUCAGAGCACCGGUGGAGAGCAUCAAUGGCCAACGAGUUGAUUCUGCUGGACACAUGGGUGAGCCCGUUCGGGAUGCGGGUCAGGAUCGCUCUACGCGAGAAGGGGAUCAAGUUCGAGUACAAGGAAGAAGAUUUGACGAACAAGAGCGAUCUGCUGCUGAAGAUGAACCCGAUUCACAAGAAGAUCCCGGUUCUCAUUCACAACGGGAAGCCCGUCCGCGAGUCUGGCAUCAUCGUUCAGUAUGUGGAUGAGGUUUGGCACGACAAGGCUCCAUUGCUGCCUUCUGAACCUUACCCCAGAGCUCAGGCUAGGUUCUGGGCUGAUUUCGUCGAUAAGAAGAUCUACGAUACAGGGAGGAAGAUCUGGACAACAAAAGGGGACGAGCAGAAGUCAGCCACAGAGGAGUUCAUAGGGUACCUGAAAACACUGGAAGCAGAGCUGGGAGCCAAGCCGUAUUUCGGAGGGGAGAAGCUUGGUUAUGUGGAUGUGACAAUGAUACCAUUCUACUCAUGGUUCCAUGCCUAUGAAGUCAGUGGCAACUUCAGCAUUGAAUCAAACUGCCCCAAGCUGAUGGCAUGGGCCAAGAGGUGCAUGCAGCACGAGAGCGUGUCCAAAACCCUUCCAGACCCCAAGAAGGUCUAUGAGUUCAUCCUGCAGCUGAAGAAGAGGCUUGGAAUUGAGUAA